UAGCAGCUCGCACCCCCCCUACACAUUCGGUUGUUUAGCUCACGCCCCACCAUUCAUUCAAUGCUGAUUUGUUUAUACGCGGAAUUAGUAACAACAGGGGGUCAAAUCUGAAUUUCAGAUAGAAGACAGCAAAGCAGCCGUGGUUAAUUUGACACAGGAAAACGAACAUUUGACAAUACCCCGUUAGCGGGACCCUUUUCUCAGAAGCAAAAUUUGCCGUUUUGACGUUGAGAUAGAAAAUUUGGGGCCGACCUUGGUAUUCAAGACGGGCGCUAAGUUCGCGAAAAAAGCAAAUCAGGGGUGGAUUACCAGGUCUCCUCCGUGUAGAUAUCGAGUAGCGCCUGCCCCGACGAGAUUUCCCCGCUCAUCGUUACUAGUAUUUCGUAUCUUGUGAUCUUGUAGUCUUUCAAACCUCCUGUUUGGAGGAAACUUCUAUCAUCUCGAUUGAUAAUGGAAUCAUCACAGAAUGACGAAACUCCAUUACCCCCAGCCGCUGCGUUCGCGCUUGACAUUGGCCUGUCUCAAACGGGGGAUGCAGGAAGCUCAUACCAUUUUCAGAACGAUCCAUCCGACCCUCUUCAGCGGAAGAAUUGGACGGAGCGCAAAGGCGUUGUUGACAUCCGCGCUACCUGUCUCGAUGUUGUGCAUGGAGUGCUCGGCGAGCAAACCCCGGUAUUUUGUACAUUGCUAGUCCUCGAGUUCUGUUUCGACCCCCGCAAACAAGGCCGACGCAUCCUCUCAGCCGAGAUCGAGCUGCGAUUCUCCGGUAGCAAAGCUGGAGGUGGCUCCGAUAUCGAAGUCGCCCAGAUCUCUCCCGUAGGCCGUCUGAGUCUUGUGCCGUCGAGUCAGGAGGAGACGACGACAUUGGAGACGGAAGUUUCGGCAGGGUCGGCAUCGUCGCUGCCCGUUGAUGUGGGCGCUGGCUGGAAGUGGUCUCGGAGCGUGAGCAGAACCGUCAACGACGCCGCUACCAUCGUUGGAUCCAUCGACAUGCUUGGCCGAACCUGGGGCAAGAAGAACAGCGCGUCGUGGACGCUGAUGGAAAAUCGGAUGACCAAGUCGGGGGUCCCUUCGAUGAUGAGAGCGGCCGUGCGUCUACAUCGUCAGACUGAAGAGCCUUUCACAUGCGAGUUCGGCAUCAGAGCCAAGGCGGACUGGCAAACUUCGCUCACAAAUCUCCUUGGCUCCACGCCGCCGGACGACCCAGUCUUCUUCGAUCCAACACUGCCUUCGACCAACAACCUCCAAGAGUACGACGAGUUGGCAUUGGGCUCGCUUGAUCUAGAAUCCUUGUCUGAUAUCACCCACCUCACCAUCUUUGAGAAUGCCAUGAAGCGGAAAUAGAUUACAGGGCAUGCUAACUUUGGGGGGAAAUUUCUCCAUCGUUUCUGUUCCGUACGUACGUAGUACAUACAACUGUUUCAGCAGAAUAGGAAGUUCCGAUUCCCAAUUUCUUCAGGUCUUUAGCAUCCCGGUUCC